UUUCGCGUCGACGCUAGCGCCAAAGUGCACCGCCACCGCCUCAAGAAGCUCCAUUAUCAGUAGCCCGGCAGCAGUACGUAAGGCGGUACACGGUUAGCACUUCCUCUCAGUAGAACUUCGGCGCAUCCGGCGAAAGCCAUCAGUCAGGCACAGUCAGUCAGUCCGAUCCCGGUGGCGGUUCACGCAGGAAGCGUUCCGAUCAAGAGAACUUUCGUACGGCCAUUAGCGGAGCGGUUCCUAAUCCGUGCGUGUCCGAAACUGAGCGAAAAACAGGUGUGUGAAGUGUUGUGUCAAUUUGUCCACUACUAAGUUACCUGCAAGGUGGUGUUCCAUUAAGCAUAUGAGCAUGAAGAAAUCAACCCUAGACAACAUCGCGAUUCUGCUGGCGGAACUGAUCGGCACCGGUCUGUUGGUGUUGCUAGGAUGCAUGGGCUGCGUAGGAGGACUGGGCCAUACGCCCUCGCAUUUCGAGCUGUGCAUCAACUUCGGUUUGGUGGUCAUGAUCAUCGUGCAGGUGUUCGGGUGUGUGUCGGGUUCGCAUCUCAAUCCGGCGGUGACCGUGGCCGCUUGGGUGUACGACAUGGUAUCUACCAAGAUGGCUCUCGGGUACGUUGCUGCUCAGAUUAUUGGAGCCUUCAUGGGAUUCGGAGCGUUGAAGCUGCUAACCCCGUCGGAUGUGUUCACAACUGCACUGGAAAACGGAGCCGGUUUCUGUGUGACCAGUCCGAAUCCACGAAUCAGUCUGGCUCAAGCCGUUGGUAUUGAAUACCUGGCCACAGGCGUUCUCGUGUUGGUUUGCUGUGGAGUCUGGGAUCCUCGUAAUGCCAAGCAUCACGAUUCGGUUGCGCUGAAGUUCGGUUUCACGAUCGGCUGCCUGGCGGUUGCUGCCGGUCCCUACACUGGUGCCAGCAUGAACCCAGCCCGUUCGCUUGGUCCGGUUCUGUGGAACGGAGUCUGGACAGCACACUGGGUAUACUGGCUGGGACCACUGAGUGCCGCCUUCAGUGUCGCUUUCCUGUACAAAACCGUAUUCCGACGUGAAGUCCAACAGAUUACGGCCUCGCCAAGCGAGCUAACUGCCCUGAAUACCGAGAAGUAGAACAAUGCUCAACACCAAAUCCAAAGCGUAUAUUAUACAAAAUAGAAAGAAUGUCGAAUUUGGAGUACCCACAAAAGCGAAACAAAGGCUGCAUUUCACUCUAUUCAUAAUGUCACUCCAAACCUCCUCAAAUAGACAGGAAUUAGCGCUUACUUACAGUUGCAAAACUAGAGAUGAGAAGAUGAACGUAACGAGUGCAACUAUCUAUAGACUCAUAGGUAUAGGAAAGCAAUGUUACUUUUUAAACUGUUACAUAUUUACUAGGAUACGUUGGUUUAAUUCAAAAUAAAGAUAUUGAAUUUUUU